GCGUCAUCGAUCACCGGUUUGCUGGCCUUGUUUGUUGUAGACCGUCCCAGUCCGGCCAGCGUGGACAUCCCCGCGACGGCUUACUAGCUCGCCAAGAUGGGCCAGAGCGAGUACCUGGCCGCCUUUCUCGAGGCUGCCGACAAGGAAAAGGCAAGACAACAGCACGAGACCGGCCAGAACGGGAACGCCAAGCCAGACGAGCAUGGGGGGACAGAGGCUGCCGGCAAGGGCGAGCACAAGAGCAUCUUCGGUCCUGGCUUUGCCGAAAGAGUCAAGAAGCAGCAGGCCAAGGAAGAUGAGGCGGCUCAGGACGGCAAGCCUAUUCGUGCGCCUGCUUCAUCCAAGGACAGGGAAGAAUCCUCCUCAGCAGCCGCGACGCAAGAUCCCUACGAGGCCGGCAAGGCUCAUCAGCUCUUCUCCAAGGGCGGACCGUCCGCUGCUGUCACCCUGAGGGGCCCGUUCAGCAUCUCAGAAUCCAAAACGGCAGAUGCCCUCUGGUCUGCGACAAACCAAGAUACCUCGCUCGAGCGUGACGACGUGAGACCCUUCACGAAGCAGGAAAAGAUUGCUGCCGAGGUGCAGAAGAGGCGCGCCAAAGGCGGCGUACAGGCUCUGCUGGGCCCAGUAUAUAUCAAGAGCUCCGCGACUCUCUUCAAUGUUGUCCCGAGCUCGGCGGGCACGCACAAGUUCGAACGGGACCGCAAGAAAGCAGAGCAAGCUUUUGCGGACGAUGGCCGUGACCAGCAAGAGAUCGACGCCGACAACGAGAAGAAGGAGAACGAGAAGAAAACAAACGGAGACGCGAGACCGCAGUCUGACGCCCAUGAGGAUAGCCAAAGAGACGACGAUAAGAACGCGUCGGCAAACAAGAGCAGGUGGGCUGCUGUUCGCCAGAAGCUCGGGCGAAACGAUGGUGGCAGCGCAAAGACGCCAGAAGAUAUGUCCAGAGCUCUCGGCGGUCACGAGCUAGUCACUGAGCUCGCAGUCGGCAUGCUCAGCAUGAUGAUGAUCAAGAUGAGCAUGGACAGGGAUGAGCAUGGCACAUCGCGUAUACCAGUCUUGAUGAAUUAUCUCAAGCUUCGCAUUUCCGACUCUGUCUACCCGCUGCAUGCCGCACAUGCGCUGUUUCGCAUAGAGCUCGAGUACGGCGAUGGUCUGCUCAAGUGGGUCAUAUACCGUGAGAUGCGUGAUUUUGUCAAUCUGCAUGCGCAUUACCGGGUCGCCAAUCUACGAACGCAGAUGGACCGCUUUCCCAACUUCCCUAAAACCUCGCUGCCUUACUUCAAUUACCUCAAAAAGGAAGGCAAAGACAAAGAUGGUAAGGAAAUCGGCAAACAAGACUUUGCGGAAAUGCAGCGACGAGCACUUGAAAACUACUUGCUCAAACUGAUCCGCGCCACCAUGUUCAGAGCGGAUGCCAAUCGGCUGUGCAAGUUCCUCGAGAUCUCUGCCCUUGCAGUCUCGCUCGCUGCCGCGCAAGGUCUUCAAGGCAAGCAAGGCUACCUGCGGGUGUUAUCUACAGGAGCAUCACGUCGUAAGCGGCCUGGCUUUCAUCCAGUGGACUUCAAAUUCCGCCAUGGACCCAAAUGGUUCAUCGUGCGCGAAAGCUACGUCGUCGCAGCCAACGAUGCUAACUCGUCAGAGAUUUUUGAUGUCUUCCUCAUGGAUAUGAACUUCACGCUUGAGCGACCCAGGCGGCCAUACCGGCAGAUGCUGACCUUGUUGAAAGGCAACAAGGGCGACGAGCACGACGAAGACCGCUUCAAGGAGGAGCCCGAUGAGGAUCAAAUGACUCAUAAGCAGUUGAAAAAGCAACACAAGCGCGAUAUCACUCCAGGCGGUGUCGGCGACCCUAAUGACCCUUCGACGACCGACGCACAAGAAAAGGAUGGCAGAUCGCUUCAGUCUACUUCGAGUCACGUCUUCUUCAUCAGGAAUUCGGAACGCAAAAUGAAGCUAGUGGCAAAAAACGAGCGGCAGAUGGAUCAAUUCAUCGCGUCCAUCGAGCGCAUGGCUGCCAACUCGCUCUGGUCAGGCCAAAAUCGUUUCGAUAGCUUCGCACCCAUCAGAAUGAAUGUGGCCGCGCAAUGGCUCGUCGACGGCCGAGAUUACUUUUGGAAUCUCAGCAAGGCAAUCGCAAUGGCCAAGCAUACCAUACACAUACACGACUGGUGGAUCUCACCAGAGCUUUACUUACGGCGACCGCCAGAGGAAAAGUGGCGAUUUGACAAUCUCUUGAAGCGCAAGGCGGAAGAAGGCGUCAAGGUCUUUAUCAUCGUGUAUCGCGAAGUCUCAAACGACUUUACACCUGUGGACUCGACGCACACAAAGACGACGUUACUUGGCUUGCACCCGAACAUACACUUGCAGCGAUCGCCUGAUCAUAUGGGCACAAGGACCUUGCUCUGGUCACAUCACGAGAAGAUGUGCGUCAUAGACGGCGCAAUCGCCUUCAUGGGAGGCUUCGACAUCUGCUUCGGUCGAUGGGAUACACCUCAGCAUCUGCUCGUCGACGACGAUGACGAGGAGCGUAUCUGGCCCGGCAAAGACUACAGCAACUCGCGCGUAUCAGACUUCUCGAAUUUGACAAAGCCAUUCGAGGACAUGUACGAUCGCAAAGUGGUUCCUCGUCAACCUUGGCAUGACAUCGGCCUACAGCUUAUUGGUCAGCCAGCACGCGAUCUCGUUCGACACUUUGUACAGCGCUGGAAUAUGCUUUUGCGAACCAAGAAUCACACUCGUAUGAUGCCGUUCCUACUGCCCAUGCCAGACUUCACGGCUGCGGAUCUCAAAGAGCAGCGUAUCACCGGCACUUGCGAGGCUCAGAUCUGCCGCUCGUGUGGUCCCUGGUCGAUGCAAACGCCGGAUCGGGUUGAGCACUCGAUCACCACUGCUUACGUGAAAGCAAUCGAAAUGUCAGAUCACUAUGUUCACAUCGAAAACCAGUUCUUCAUCACAUCAACGCAAGUUGAGGGAGCUACGAUAGAGAAUAAGAUCGGAGACGCACUCGUCAGCCGUAUCCUGAAGGCACAUGAGGAGGGCACGCCAUGGAGAGCUUGUAUUAUCAUUCCCCUUGUGCCGGGAUAUCCGCUCUCAAUGGACCAUCCGGACGCAGGCUCGGUUCGCAUGAUCGUUGAAUGCCAGAACCGAACAAUCGGACGAGGCGAGCACUCAAUCUUUGCGCGGCUCAGGCGGGCAGGCAUCGAUCCGGACGAGUACAUCUCGUUCUUCAGUCUACGCGGCUGGGGUCGCAUGAAGAAGACUGGCUUGCUCGUCACUCAAGAUAUUUACAUUCAUGCAAAGUGCAUGAUCGUGGAUGACCGUAUCGUGAUCAUCGGAUCUGCGAACAUCAACGAGCGCUCACAACGAGGUGAUCGGGACUCAGAACUUGCCUGCGUCCUGCGCGACACGGACCUGAUUGAUGGCAGCAUGGGUGGAAAGCCUUAUAGAGUCGGCCGUUUUGCUCACACACUACGCAUCCGUCUUAUGCGCGAGCAUCUCGGCUUAGAUACCGACGCACUUGAGGCGGAAGAGGCCAACAUGGAUCUGCUGGAGCGUCGUGCCGUGCAACACGAAGACGAUGUGAAGCCGUGGGACCCGAGCAACGAGCAGAACCGUGCGGAUGAAGACGGGGAAGGCGGCGGCAACUCGAAAGUCACCCAGUCGACCGGUUUCUUCCAUCACGUAAAGUCAGGCGCUCAUAAGGCAUCUCGCGAGACUGCUUCCUUUGGCGAGGGUCUCAAGGAGACGGCCGCCAACAAGCUGCAGAAGGUUGACCAGUCGACAGAGCAUGCAGGCGGUGAGGCUGCGGCCGAAGCGAUGGAGCAUAUAGAUCCGAAGCACAAGGAGAAGCAAGACGAAAAGCCUCAGAAUUCAGAGGCUGUCGAUAUUGCUGCCGGGAAAAAAUCGGGUAAAGCCUCUGCAAGCACGGUCGUGCCUACGCUCGAGGAAAAGGUCAUGGCUGAGGGUCGACCUGUCGAUGCUCACGAACCCGGGCAGCAUCACAAGAAAGCGCCGCUUGGCCUCAAGCCGCCCAAUACAGACUCUGACAGCGCGGAGCCUGGCCAAACAGACCGUGAGACUUCUCAGGGAGAAUCAUCCGCCCAGCAAUUCGCCAACCGCCAAAGCAAGACGCCUAAGCCUAAGCAUACGAAAGACACCACGCGACAAGGUAGCACAGACAAAGAGAGCGGAGAAGCCGAAGCAGACGAGCAGGAGGAAAGCAAGAAGAGCGACAUGACAGACCUUUCCCAGAGUCGCGACCAAAAGAUGACCCAGUCGAAUACAGACGCUGAUGACUCUCGCAAGAUCACAAAGUCAACCAUGGGUGCAGGCGCCGGCGACCCCUCUGAUAUUGCCAAUGCUGGCUCGGUAGCUGACAAAGAUCGGGACGACGAAGAGAAGACCUCGGCUGAAAAGGAGGAGGAUCGCAACGAGGCUCGACUUGAUGGGGCUGCGCUCGAGCGUGCUCGGGAGGAAGGCAAUGACGCUCAACAGAAACCAGGUAAGGACAUAGCUGGACAGCUCAAAGAGUCGCUCGGCUCGAAGAUGUCGCCUUAUGCCGUGCCUAUACAACCGCCGAAGAUUGAUCCUAAAGGCUUUGCCGAUCCACUUGUGGAUCGCUUCUGGAAAGAUACCUGGAUGACCGUCGCAGUCAGAAACACACAGAUCUUCCGUAAGGUCUUCCGCUGCGUACCAGAUGAUCUCGUCACGACUUGGGAUGGUCUAAAGGACUGGAAUGCGUGGGCCCAGAGACACGAGAAGCCUCACAAGGAUGGCAAUGCACCAUCUAGCGGAGGCGAGAGAUCUCCGACGACUGCGACCAGUGGCAGGUUCAGUGCGCAGCAACGUUCAGGCAGCUCGCAUUCACUGAGCAAGCAAGAAGGCUCGAGGGAGCAAGCAAAGGCAGCAGGAGCUGAUGAUCCUAAGCUCCUCAAAGACGAGGGACCCGGUGCCGGAACGGGUGGUACUAUGCCGAGCUCGACGAGCAAACAGACAAAGAAACAACUCUUCCAAGAGCCGUUCACCUCUCAAGAAACAGAUCAAAUGCACGAUGUCCUCGAGGAGAUUCAAGGGCAUCUGGUCAUCUAUCCGACACGCUUUCUCGAAGCAGAAUCUGCCGCCGGCUCGUUCCUCUUCGCCAAAGAUCGUAUCCAGCCCAUCGCUAUCUUUGAUUGAUCGGCUGAGCAGUGACUCACGAACACAUUCAUACACGCACACUAAUUUUGUAUCUGUCAUUUGCAAGGCGAG